AUGCAGCUGCACAAGGAGCAGGAUCAGGAGUCUGCGGCCGAAUCGGCAGCCGAGACGGCGACGCUCGCGUUCUACAACCGGCUGUUCGCGGCGUUCGUGUGCAGCAGCAACACGGGCAAGCUGUACGAGAUGCCCGAGUUUCUGGAGAGCUUCUCGAUCCAGCUGAUGGAGCUGAGCAACCAGGUGCGCACUCUGGUGACGCUCCAGUCGGUGACAGUGAUUCUGAUGAGCUCUUUGGCCAACCGCACGGUACUGCUGCCGGCGAAGCUGCAGAACAGCUUCUUUGCCGACAAGCCCCGGCAACAGCUCGUGGACUUUGGCAAGCUGCUGGUGGAGCUGGACGGGUUUCUGCUGAACUACUUCGAGCACACCGAGUCGAACCGGUUCGGCAACUUCUUCAAGGAGGAGGUGUACAAGAUACUGUGCACCAACGUGUCUGAGCGGCUGCGCGGCCGCGGCUACGACGAAGAUGCCGUGCGGGCCAUUGUGGACAUGAACUUCGAUUUCAAGCACGUGUGCGGGCUCAUAGCCCAGACGGAAAGGGCCAGCAUCGGCAGCACCAAGGUGAACUCGCUGAAAACGAUAUACUGCAACGCCAUCUAUGACAUCAUCCGGCACGGCCGUGUUUUUUCCGCAAAUACGUCAACGAGCGAGCCCGUGCGGCGCGCGUCAGCCGCGGUGGAAAAUAAUUUUCAGCACGAGACGCAUAGAGCGUACGGCAAAUUCUACGCCGUAGACCUCGUGCGCGACAAAAUUGACAAAAUCGUGCGCGACUACUACGCCGUCUUCAACGUCUGUGUCGAGGUGCACCUCCAGAACAUGUGCCUUGUGUUGCGCGAGUUCGAGGAGAUCUGUGCGUUUGAGCGCAGACUGUGA